AUGUUAUGUUGCUGUUUGCAGGACAUGUCUGAGAAGGAGCUGAAGGAAGCAUUUGUCAGUAAUCUCAAUGGGACCACGUUACAAGAAGUAGUAGUGGGUUCAUUCCUCACCCCACUGUGCAUCCUCAAUAGAGCGCUCAUUCUGAUCCUCCACCAUCAAGCCAAAGGGAAUCUCCCUCUGCCAUGUCCUUGGUUUUCUCACCUACUUCUAGAUUUCUCAGUGCUGGUCCUCCCCCUCGUCCUGUCAUGCACCAUCCUGAGCGACGUUCUCCCUCAGGUGGUCCUGAGUUUAACCUUUGUGUUGUUAUGUGUGCUCUGCCACAUCUUCCGUACCAAGCGCCACACCACCCCAGGGGCCUUUCUCAGCAGGACUGUUCACUUCAAACAGCUUCCCUUCGUGACCAUCUUUAGAGUGAUGGUGAACGUGCAAACGGCCAUCAGUAUUCUCGCCGUCGACUUUAAAGUCUUUCCAAGGCGAUACGCUAAAACGGAAACAUACGGAACUGGCGUUAUGGAUUUUGGUGUUGGAGCCUUCGUCAUGGCGAAUGGUUUGGUUUGCCCAGCAGCACGUGGGAAGAGCAUGUCUGGAUCCAAGCUGAAGCACAUCUCCAAACAGAUCCUAUCUGUGUGGCCCCUGGUUGUUCUCGGUGCAGCACGACUCAUCUUUGUCAAAUUGAGGAACUACCAAGAACAUGUGACUGAAUACGGCGUCCACUGGAAUUUUUUCUUCACACUCGCUCUUGUGAAAGUUCUGACAAAAGUGCUUUUGGUCGUAGUUCCAACAAGAAAGUCGUGGGUUUUGUCGCUUCUCAUCAGUGGAAUGUAUCAGCUUGCUUUGGAGACAACAGACCUCAAGGCUUUCAUCAUGAACAACAAUGACAGAGAAAAGGACUUCCUGCAUGCUAACAAGGAGGGGAUAUUUUCUAUAUUAGGUUAUGUUGCCAUCUACAUGGCAGGAGUUCAGAUUGGAUGCUAUGUGAUGCAGCCCAGAUCCCAUGUUAGAGACUGGAUCAAAGCCAUUUUGAACCUCCUGAUGAUGACUAUGGCGCUAUUUGCCGCUUUGUGCGCAUGUCAGACUUUAGUAGAACCAGUGUCUCGCCGCUUGGCCAAUUUACCUUUUUGUCUGUGGUGUGUCGCUCAAUCUCUGCUUUUUAUAUCCUGCAUUGGCGUUGUUGAUUUGAUUGUACUUUUUUCCCAGGUAUGGUCAGGCUGCCGCUUUGUACCGUCGUCAUGGAGUUCAUAUUCAGGCUCGGACAAAAAGAAAGACGAUAUGGAAAAGUUGUGUCUCGUUCAAGCCGUCGACAAAAAUCAGAUGUUAUUUUUCUUGAUUGCAAAUAUCUUCACACUAUUCACCAACUGCUUGGUGGACACACUCGGCUGCAGCAGUUCAUUUUCUGUGGGUUUUUUAUUAUCAUACAUGUUCAUGAAUUGCUUUGGAAUAUAUAUUUUUCACCUCUUUGGAAUCACAGUAAAAUUUUAAAGUCUGUUUUCCAAAGCCUUAAGGGGGAACUGCACAGUUUUUUUCUAAUGCAUUCUAACUCAUAAACAAAAGUCUGCUUACAAUGGAGCCAAUGGGUGCCAUGAAAUUAUUGCGUCUAUUCGGAAAUAGACGCGAUAAAAAUAUUAAAUUUCCAUUUGGUGACCUGAAUAUUACCAAGUAUUAGCAAUAUAGUUAUUAUAAGCACUAACGUUAAGGACCAACAUUUAGCGGCGCAUUGAUUAGAGAGAGGUGACUUCCUUAUGCUGCUGUAAUGACAUCAUCUGAUGGUGAGCUUCUUUCUCGCCUCGGCGCUCAAGAAAGGUUAUUGUAGAUUAUAAAUCAUGCCUCUCACCUUGAUAGUAAAAUGAUGUGGACAUACUGUAAACUGAGAAGUUGGUACACUUUGACAGCCAACUUAGAACCGGAAAUGGCAAAAAAGACCUGAAGACGCUUGGUUCCAACCCCCCAACCCCCACUUUUCUUUGCAAGGAUUGAGUCAUUCAUCUAAAUGAGAAUAUAUCAACAUUAUAACAAAUCCAAGUAAGAGCAGACAUUGUACAGUAAGUGAUUGUUUAAUGAUGUUUGUUGGCUCUCAUGAAGUCCGCAGUGAGUGGUCAUACAGUUAUGUUGUUGAAGGAAAAAGCGAACGUUGCGAUGUGUCUAUAAAAUGAAUGCGCCGCCGUAUGCAUAAAAUGCGCAAAAUAAGUAAAUAUUAUAUGUUAUAAUAUAUAAUAUACCUGUUACUACAUUAGAAAUAUACUUACAGCGUGUGUAUAUAAAGUGUUGGUGGAAGUGUUUAGAUAUUUUUUAGGUGCUUUAUAGGCAGAAUAGAGCGACUCCCAUAGGCUCCAUUGUAAGUGUACUUUUGAUCACAUUUAUUUAACAGAGUGCAUUUUUUAAAAAAAAAGAAAAACAUAUGUGUUCAACAUCUAGUCUUAACAAAUGAUUUUGAAAGACAGGAAAAAUUUCCCCCCAAAUAGUGCAGUUUCCCGUUAAAGGUGCUUCUGAAAAUUGUAUGCAAAAAAAAUUAUUUAAACGCUGAAAAGUAUUUAAAAUCAACAUUAUAAAAAUAUUACAGGGUUUUUUAUAUUCUUGAUUUUUUUUAAAAU